AUGCCUUCCGACUCAAAGUUUCCUAGUUUGCCCAUACCAGAUGUAGAUCUCUGGACCUUUCUAUUCGAAAGAAAGGAUAAACCAUUCGCAGAUGACAAAGUCAUCUACUUGGACCCAUACACGAAUCGAUCUUAUACUUACAGUCAAGUGAAAGAUGCCGCUAUCAACUUUGGAAGAGGACUUAAAGAUCUAUGGGAAUGGCAAAAGGGCGAUGUCCUCGCACUCUACACGCCAAAUUGCAUUGAUACCCCCGCCAUAACAUGGGGAUGUCAUUGGGCCGGAGGCGUCUUGUCUCCUGCAAAUCCAAACUAUACAGUCGAAGAGCUCGCAUUUCAACUCAAAGAUUCUGGUGCCCGGGCUAUUGUUACUCAGUUGCCAUUUAUCAAGAAUGCUCAAGAGGCCGCAAAGAAGGUCGGUAUCCCGGUCGAGAAGGUCAUCGUCAUGGGGGAUCAGAAAGACCCCACCUACAGAGUCAAACACUUCACAAGCCUCAUCAGCGCAGCCGGAGUCUUAGGGCAUAGAAGAACAAAGGCUUCUAACCCGGCAGAGGAUCUGGCAUUUUUGGUAUAUUCUAGCGGGACUACGGGCCAUCCCAAGGGUGUCAUGCUCACGCAUCGAAACAUCGUUGCGAACACAAUGAUGAUUAAGGCUGGAGAAGCGGGCCAUUUGAAACCCACAGGUGGUCCGAAUGGAGAAGGCGACAAACUCCUCGCUUUCUUGCCGUUUUUUCACAUCUAUGGUCUCACUUGUUUGAUCCAUCAAAGCAUGUUCUCUGGUCUCCAGCUUGUAGUGAUGCCGAAAUUUGAUCUCGAAGACUUUUGUCGAUUCGUCCAGGAGCUCAAAAUCACGUUCGCCUAUGUUGUACCACCGAUUGUGCUACUACUGAGCAAGCAUCCCUCCGUGGAGAAAUAUGAUCUUAGCUCAAUCCGGAUGAUGAAUUCAGGAGCUGCCCCUCUCACCCAUGAGCUAGUCGAAGCAGUGUACAAGAGGCUAAAGAUCCCCGUGAAACAAGGAUAUGGGCUUUCAGAGACCAGUCCUACCACGCACACUCAGCCGUGGGAGGACUGGAAUAAGACUAUUGGAUCCGUCGGUCUUCUUCUGCCAUAUCAAACGGCAAAGUACAUGUCCGCAGAUGAGAAGGAGAUGCCAGUAGGCGAAGUUGGUGAGCUCUGGAUCAAAGGUCCCAAUGUCUUCAAGGGCUAUCUCAACAACCCAGAAGGUACAGCUCAUGCUCUCACGGCUGAUGGCUACUUCAAGACGGGUGAUGUUGGCUACCAAGACAAGAAUGGCAAUUUCUAUAUCACAGACCGCGUGAAGGAACUUAUCAAAUAUAAGGGGUUCCAAGUACCACCUGCGGAACUUGAAGGCAUACUUGUCUCGCAUCCGAGCGUCGAGGAUGUGGGUGUGAUUGGCGUGUACAGCAAGGAUCACGCUAGUGAACUCCCGCGGGCGUACAUUGUGCCAAAGGAUGGGCUAGGCAAAACAGAGAAGGAAGCGCAAGAGAUUAUCUCAUGGCUAGACAAGAAGGUUGCCAACCACAAGAAACUUCGAGGUGGGGUGAGAUUUGUGGAUGAGAUCCCAAAGAGCGUGUCGGGUAAAAUCCUAAGGAGGGUACUUAAGGUGAAGGCACAGGAGGAAGAGGACGGCAUUGCUAAAGCGAAGCUAUAA